UAGAGGAAGACACGAAGUAGGCAGGAGUGAUUCUGAAUCUGAAAUCAACUAGCAGCGCAGCACAGUCCGCGAAAAGUUUUUGUCAGUGAAAGAAGUGCUUAGUUUUUUCUCACGGGUGGAAAUUCUUGUUAAAUAUUCGGCUUUCCCUUUUUUGUUUCGAUAAUUCGAGGCGUCUGAAGAAGGAAAACGUAAAGUUUUUUUACGUUUCAAACAAAGAUUCGAGGAAGUUUUCCGAUCAAUUGUUGGAACGAAAUGGCGACGGAAGGCCAAAACGAGUCACUGCCAGCUACGGAACAAUCGGUCCCAGCGGAAGACAAACCAAAAGAAAUAACCAAACGCACAAUCCGGCUGGAAACAUGGCAUAAGAUAAAGGAACUGAAGCCGUUGCGGCGCUACUCCGUGUUCAACAAGAUUCCCAAUUUUGUUGGUUCCGAGAAGGCCGCCGAACUGCUCGCCGAAACGGAGGAAUUCAAAAAUGCAAAUUCCAUCAAGGUAAACAUUGACAUGGCCCAGGAACCGAUCAAGCUGGAGGUAGUCAAACACCACAAAACGCUGUUCGUACCGCCAGCUCAGAAAUCGCCGAACGUGUACGCAAAGAUCAAGAACUGCAACCCUGACGAGCUGGACCUGGUUACCCAGAAGAAGAUAAUCAAACUGCAGGGCAGCGAGGACACGUUCGAAGAAAUCGAUAUCAACGGUAUUGAAAAGCUGGAUAUGGUUGUGGUGGGAUCCUGUGCAGUUGACAGACUGGGCCACCGAAUCGGCAAAGGCAACGGCUAUGUAGAUUUGGACGUUGGCAUUCUCAUAUAUCUGGGAGUAAUCACGAAGGACACCCUAAUCGUGACCACAGUUCACGACCUGCAGGUGUACGAAACAUUGCCGGAAAAUUUGUUCAAAACCUACGAUCUACCGCUGGACCUGAUUGUGACACCGACCGAAGUGAUUCGCGUUGAAAAGCGCCUGACGCGCCCCGCCGGUAUCGAGUGGAAUCUGCUUUCGUCGAGACGUCUUGAGAUCGUUCCAGUUCUGAAGGAAAUUAAGGAACGAGAAGAGAAGUCGGGCAAGGUCAUUGAACUGAAAUCAGAAGAUACUGACGUGGAAAGUUACCAGCAGAAGGCACGCCAGCGGCGGUCAUUCCUGCGCCCACAGUCAAACAAUCGCCGACGAAGACGUUCCGAUCGAAGGGUAAGUGAAAAGCAACAGAACGGUACGGCCGAAAGUCACGAUGACGGCGAUGGCAACGAUAAAACCGAUGGCGAAGGAGAGGACGGCAAAUCGAAACAGCGUCAGCAUAAACGCAAGCCCCGUAAUUUCCGCCGUGGACCACGACGAUCCGGCAAGGAAGCGGGUGAAUCCGGUGCGGAGAGAUCAGAAGGGGAAGAUAACAGCAAGAAAGAAAAUGCGGGUGAAGGCGGAGAUCGCAAGAAAGGAGGACAGCGUCGUGAUCGCCGCGGUGGAAAUCAGAAGGGCGAGCGUAAAUUUAGCCGCGUCGAGCGGGAUUUGUGUAUAAGAGUAACGAAUAUUAGCCGCUCGAUGAGAAUUAAGGACCUCAAGCAGGAGCUGCGUAAUCGGGAUUGCAAUCCGAUUUUCAUUACCUGGAAUGGUUUCUACGGUAAGUGCUACCUGCAUUUCCAGAAGAAGCAGGAUCAGAACGACGAGCAGCAGGGAGCGGAACUGUUGAAGCAGCUGGAAAAUUUGACGUUUACUGUGACGCCGCGUGAGAAAGAGGGUGAGCCCGUGGGUGAACCGAAACAGGUGACCUUGACCUGCGAGAUUAUGAAGCGCAAAGACGGCGGUGGCGGUGACGCUUCCUCGCCAAGCGCUCCCACCACAAACGGAACAGUACUGGAGGGCAGUCGGAUUGAGACGACGGAUGUGACGUCUGUCUAAGCCGGCGCAGAAAACCUAAAAUAAGCGCUGGGGAGGUAAAACAAAAAAGAAAAUACAGCGCGAACAGAGUGCAAAAUAUCGGAGAGAAUCGAUUCCCGGUUUCGGAACCUGUCCGUAGCCGGAAGCGGUCUUCGUCGUGGCCAACGUGUCGUCCAAUCUCUUUGUCAGUUAGUUUCCCUCACAUCCACGUUGUUUCGAGAUAAUAUUUUUUACUAUGGAAGGAGGAAGCCUACGCUGUCGGCGCCGCGCCGUCGUCGUCACCGCUUGGAUGCAACCAAGUUCUUAUCCAGACAUUUUCGAAAGUACUUUCGCUGUUGGUCGCAAUCUGGCACACAUGGAUUUACCGCUGGAAAAUGCUUAAAAAAGAAGGGAUAAGACGUGGAAUUAUUUACCAACACAAAAGAAAGCGCUCGUUGCUGCAAGGCUUUGCUGGUUUUUAGCUAAUUGCAACAAGUUUGAAAAUUGGGCGCUCUAUCCUUUUUCUGAUAAAGGACCAAUCGAGCAGAUGUUAUUUUUUCUGUUACUUACAUUAGGAGAUAUUUUUCCAGAUAGAGAUUAUUUGUUAUUACGUUGAACUUAUCAGCUUUCCCUUCCAAUAUCUCAAAACGUACAUUCACUCACAUUAUAUGAAAAGAAAAUAAGUUCCCAAGAAGCCGAGUGGAAGAGAGCGAGAAAACCGCCGCGGUGUGCGCGCGAAAUCCGAUUUUUGCCUCCUUUUUUUGUGUCGAAAGCGAAAGAGAGACGAUAUUAUAGUGCGAAGCGAAACCAGAGAACAAAACAACAAAACCAACCCGAUCGUGUGUGUGAAAUAUAGGAUAAUGUGCCGCUAGGAGCCAAGAUUUUUUACUAGUGGAAAAUAAGCAAUUCUUUUUCCUGCUAUAGAAGGAUAAACGAUUGACGAACCAAUGAAUUAUUAUUAUUACUACAACUACAAAACAAAACAAUACUAUCAUCAUGUGUUAGAGCGACCAUUUUUUGAAUGAAUUACGAUCAAAAACGAUUGAAAUAUUUAUAUUUAAGCCACUGCUGGUAUAUAGAAGAAUCAAACGUAACACUGAGAUUUGCAAGCAAUGAAAUCAACAUUUUUCCUGGUUAGAAGAAGGGUCACUUGACCGAGAAAUAUUAUGCAUAUUGUCAAGAGAAAGAGAGAGAGAGAAUCACACAUGUGCAUGAUGCCUAUUUAUAUCUAUAUAAUAUUCAUUUAUGGUGUUAAUAGCAAAAAGGGUAAUUUUCUUCUUUGCACUUGAGCAAUACAUUAAAACGGGCAAACGGUACAUUGACGCGUGUAGGCAAAGUAACGCAAAGGCAGGCGUUUUUUGUACUCUAGAUCCAAAACAUAUUCUUUAGGUUAUUUAUCAUUUGACACAUGAUACACACAUGAUUGUUUUUUUGCAUUACGUUAAGUGCGACGAAUCAGCGAAACAAACAAAGAAAAAAAAAGAUAAAAUUAGUUUGUUAAAGGAAAACCAGAAGCGGUCGCCUUCACCGCUUGAGAGGAUAAAGGAAACAUUUUCAAGAAAGGCAGAUGUAUUUUGUGAGCCACGUUUUCAAUCGAACACGGGAGGAUCGCAAAUGCGCAACAAGUGUAGAAGCUCUGAUUUAGAAGAAGGCCAGAAAGGAAAAAUAUUUCUAAGCAUUACAAAGGUUAUAAAAUACGCGAGAAAAGCAGCUUACCUUUAUCUACAAUGCAGUGAAUUAGUUUAUCGAACGAAGAUAAAAUCAUAAUGAAAUUGAAGCAAGUAAUAAACACUAAAUGAAAAAAUUGUAACAAUUAGUUUAUGGUUGAAAGUUAUGUAAGAACGUCAUCGUGUGGCUGAUCGGGCAAAUCGCUACCGUGAAGUAUUCACGUAGAACCACAAUUUGAUGAGUGUUUGUCAAGAGUAGAGAGCAAACACCACGGCCCGAUCAUGCCAACGUAGAUUUUAGGGUUAAUGAGCAGGAUUCGAUCGGUGACGAGAAAAAAAAGGGCGAUCAACGAAACGAAAAAGAAUGACCUGUUGUUUCUCCGGAACAACCAAUUAAAGUAUGGUCAAAGAGGUCCUUGCUCGCCCUUGUCAUGUUUUCUCUCCUAAUAUUGAACUAGUACCUAUAUUUAAAACCAGAGAGCACUGUUCGAAUCCGUAUAACGAUUUUACCUAUGAAUCAUAUGUCAUUAUCAUUGCAAAUUACCGAAAAAAACUAACAAAAAAGCACACAUGUGAUAGUACUCAACUAGAAUGGCCCAGAUAAUCAAGCUAUCAAUCAUUUUUACAAAUUUUCUCGAAAGAGAAAGUGUCAUUUGUUGUUGGGAUUGAACAGUUUUAACAGAAGCCGUGGGCGCAAACUAGUUUUCUGCUGAUUUCUGCAGUCUAUAUAGAACAAAAAAUUAAAAAUAUCGCAGAACUACGCAUGUGUGCUGUACUAUUAACGUUUAUUUUGAACCCCGUUUAUAAAGUUUCGUAACGGUUUUGCAGCAUGCGAUUUCACUGAACAACGGUUCAUUGCAUUAGAACAAUGCUUAUAGGGUAAGUUAAAGAAGAAAAAGAUGAAAAAAAAAACAGAUCAACUAAUAACAUUUACAAACGAGUGAGUAAAAGAAAGAAAAUCACAAUGCCGCGUUAAUUCUAAUCAGAGUGUAAGGUUAAUAGGAUUGCGCAAAGCACCCACACAACAAACACACUAGGGACGAACGAUAACGAGGAAGAAGAGCAAGCAAAACGUAUAAAAACAAUUAGCGUGCUUGGAAAAGUACACACAAAACAAAAUGAAACGUAGGUUUAAAAAUUGAUUAUAAUACAUCUAUGAAACAAAUCAAGCAAGUAAAUAAGGAGCAAACUGGAAGGGAAGUUUUCCGAGACGAUCGACGCAAGAGUAAAUAAUAUUAAUCUGACUCGACCUUCGUUUGAGCUACACGAUCGGAAGUGAAAGCUUCACUUCCUUGUUGUUUUCCGUGUAUAAGAGUAAGGUUUACUGUAUGCUAACGUUUUCUUUUAACAAAAACUAAACCAUAAUACCACAGCGUUACAUUCACUAUUUAGGCUACCGUUAAUUUCACGACCUCCCAACAAAUGUUUCUCACUACAAACAACUACUAAUCACUAAAAACGAAGCAGUCGAGCGCUGUCCGUGUCUGUUUGGUUUUGUUUUUAUCACACGGCGGAGACACCGGAAUAAUUAAUCUUUUUAAAUCGUGUCACACCUUUCCCCCACUGUCAAAAAGUAAGUAAAACAAAUAAAUUAGUAUCUUAGUACAUUUUGGUGCAAGCGCACGCUGCCGCAAGAAGAAAAUACGCAAAUGAAUAUUAUUAUGUGAACAAGAGAAAAUAAAACUAGGCCGUAAAAUGCAAAAGGUUGAUGAUAAAAAAAAUGUUGAAAAAUCGUAUCUUUGGAUCCCCCGAAAAAAACAACUUCUUUCACUGUUUAUUCCAAAACAAAAUCAAACCAAGCUGCUGUUACCAGCAGCAGCGUUCGUAGCAGAUCCACGGGAAAACACCAAUCGAACAAACAAACACACACAGGAAAAAGAAUUAAAGCCAAAAAGCAAUUUUCCAAUUCCGAAAUUAGCAAGCAGAGCAGAAAAAUGGAGCGAGCUUGUGUAGCACAGCACAUUCAGAAAAACGGGGCUUGAUGUUAAGCUUUGAGCUGCAAGAAAAAAAGGAAGAGUAUCGGAAGCUCUAAAAGGAUAGAGACCACACUGAAAUAUCUAAUCAGAACAACAAAAAACAAACAACAAAAAAACAAAACGCCCAGGGAUUAAACAUAAACGAAAGAAGCAACAAGAAGAAGAAGAAGCAUUCACAACAAAAAAAAAACUCGAAAGAAAAGGCUAACCUGAAAAAAGAACAGCGGCGAGAGGCCCGAGCUCUAGAAGCUCUAGAUUCAUAACUCAAACAACUAGCCGAACAACAAAACAAACGGUAACAAUUGAACACAACCACAAAACACACAACCUGUUUGAUACUGGAAAAUUAAGGAAAAAAUCAACAUUUGUAAGAAAAAUGAACAAUAACAGAAAAAACUUUUUGAAUAAAAUAUUU